AUGUAUGCUGUGAACAUUGAUGAAGACCAAGAUCAAGAAUUAGUUUUGCAGUCCAGUAAAGUACAGAGUCCUCCUCCAUACAAAAAGACACAUGAGGUCAUUCUCACACAGUCCAGGAAAACACAGGGAACAAACAAUUUGCAGUCAAAAAGGUCACCAGAGGUCCAAGGGAGCCUGAGCACGAGAAGGCCAUCGCGAUCAUCUGAAGGAUCAGGGUCCCCACAGCCUCUCGCGAGAUCUUUCAUUCCAAAAGACAUUCAGCAUUAUCUUGGAAUUUCAGACAAUAGCAGCACGUUCUCUACUGGACCAGUCACCGGGGAAAGUGGGGACUUCAUCUGCACCUCUUUCUGCACAGCACCUGAGAAAGAUCCUUGCAUAAUGAGUGGACCUGUUAAAGCCAGCACGCCAUUGGGCUCAGAAGAGUUCAGCAGAAGAGGGAACCAGGGAUUGCGAACCAUGCAUAAGAUGCAUGACAGUGAUGAUGUCAGUCAAGGAUCCUCUAAGAGCAGCAUAUCUGACACCUUGUCCCACUCGCAGGCAAGAUCAAACUGGGAAGAGAGCCCAGUGCAGAAGGCCUUGAGACGGGCGGCUACUCGACCUGUGUUUCACAAGAGCCUUGAGGACAUUACUGCAUUGCCCACUGAAGCAACACCACCUUCAUCGACAUCCUCCUUUUCAGACCCCAGUCGCAUGAAAAUAUUGAGCAAAUCUGUGCCUUCUUUCCUGGAGAAGGAGAGUGAUGAGGAGGAUAGUGGGUCCACCUCAGACAACAGUUUCCAGAGUGGCACACCACAAAAGAUUGGUAGAUCUCUCACCAAUGUGAGCAACUCCUCUGGUAUGGCAUCUGUGUCCUCUACCAGCAGUAGUGUGAUGAGUGUUGACAGUGGUGACUUUGGUAACGUGGAGGUUCAAGGAACCAUUCAGUUCACCAUCAACUAUGUGCAGAAGUUGAGAGAAUUCCACAUCUUCAUUGUUCAGUGCAAAAACCUAGCAGCAGUGGACCUCAAGAGGAAUCGAUCUGAUCCGUAUGUUAAAAGUUACCUUAUACCAGACUCAGCCAAUUUGGGCAAAAGAAAAACUGCAGUGAAAAAGAGGACCUUGAAUCCUUCUUAUAACGAGAUCCUACGGUACAGAGUGCGUAUGGAUUACCUGAAAACUCAGGUUCUGAAUCUCUCCGUGUGGCACAAUGACACAUUUGGACGAAACAUCUUCUUGGGAGAAGUAGAGAUAGACCUGUCGACAUGGGACUUCAGCACCACUCCAAUGAACAACUUGCCCCUCAAACCAAAGACAGUAUCAAGCCUCAAUGCAUCAGAUUACAGAGGAGAUCUGAGGGUAGCCAUACGGUUCAUGCCUCAGAUUUCACAAACCCGGACGGUUUCCAAGAUGGGUGAAGUUCACAUCUGGGUGAAAGAGUGCAAGAAUCUCCCACUCAUCAGAGGCACCACUAUUGACCCUUAUGUGAAGUGCUGUGUGCUACCAGACACCAGUCGAAAGAGUAGGCAGAAGACUCGUGUGCUGAAGAGGACAGUUAACCCUGUGUUUAACCACACUAUGGUGUAUGAUGGCUUCCACACAGAGGACCUGAAGGAAGCCUGUGUGGAGCUUACUGUCUGGGAUCACGAUCGUUUGGCCAAUCACCUCCUUGGAGGUGUAAGGCUUGGCUUGGGCACAGGCAAGAGUUAUGGUGUGCAAGUAGAUUGGAUGGACUCGACAAGAGAGGAAGUGACUGUAUGGCAAAGAAUGAUCGAAUCCCCUAAUGAGUGGGUGGAGAAUGUGUUACCUUUGAGAGUGGUGAUGGCAGCCAAAAACGCAUGGAAGUAA